AUGUCGUCUUCGGAAGGGGCCCCGGAGUCCUGGAUCUCCUCGUUCUGCUCGCUGAUGGGCCACGAGUUCUUCGCCGAGGUGUCGGAGGACUUUAUUGAGGAUGACUUCAAUCUCACCGGGCUGCAGUCGCAGGUGCCCAUGUACAAGGAGGCGCUGGAGAUGAUCCUGGACGUGGAGCCGGAGGAUGACGAAGACGAGGAGGAGGAAGAGGAAGAGGAGGAUGAGGAUGACGAGAUCCUGGGCGACGAGAGACCGCCCGGUUACCGCAGAGCGGGCGACCGGCGGCACACCCGGGUGGCCAGCGACCUGAGUGUGAUUGAGAGCUCGGCGGAACUGCUGUAUGGCCUGAUCCACCAGCGGUACAUCACCUCGCGGCCGGGUAUCCAGCAGAUGCUCGAGAAGUACGAGAUGCAGCAUUUCGGCACCUGCCCGCGCGCCUACUGCACCGGGUGCAAGGUUCUGCCGGUGGGCUGCUCCGACACCCCCGGUCAAGAGACGGUGAAGCUGUUCUGCCCCAGCUGCCAGGAUCUGUACACUCCCCCCAACAGCCGGUUCCACUCGGUUGACGGCGCCUUCUUCGGGACCACGUUCGGGUGUCUUUUCUUCAUGACCUUCCCCGACCUGGACAUCUCGCCGCGUCUCGACGCCCCCGUGUCCUCGCACUCCGCCGCACACGCCAACAUCCAGUCCCGCGCGUCCGGGUCUCUGACAGCUGGGGCCAACCGCGGGAUGCCGGAGGGCACGCCGCAGAACCAGCCGGCCGAGAUCAACGGCAUGCGCACCAUCAGUUUCUGCCCGGGCCUGGGCGCCGGGCGGAUCUACGAGUCGAAGAUCUACGGGUUCCGCGUCUCGGAGCGCUCCAGGGCCGGUCCGCGCAUGAAGUGGCUGCGGAUGAAACCCACGGAUAUCCGUGAUCUGGAUGAGAUGGCGCGGUACCAGGCCGUCCACGGCACUGGCCCCAACGACGGCGAUUCAGAAAUGGGCACUACGCCGGGGACAGCACAGAGCGCUGCGGCGAUUGCAGCACGGAAGAAGGCGCCCAUGCGGAGACGUCGGCAGCAUCCUGACCAGAUGAGCAUCAACGGGGCGGAAGGCUGA